AAAAAAACGAAAUACUUCAUCAGGUCGAUAUUCACAUCGUCUCCGUCGUGAUUACUUAAUUCUUGAUAAAUUCAUCACGAUUGGCCAAUUGAGUUGCUUUCAUCCUCACCUGUUAUCCCACACUGGUGUCCCGCCAUUAUUAUCCACUAAAAAAAUAAGCUCUUGACGUAUUCCAAAAUCAAUAUUUAAUUUAAAAGCUGAUUUCCGUUACGCCAGUUUGAACCAAUCUUGUAUUCUUUUUUCCUGAUUACCUAUGCUUAGAUUAUCAAUCAGAAUUAGUAAUAAAAAAAAAACCUCGUUAUCUUUAUCGUCGCGGUGGUAGCGGAGCAAAUGAACGGUUAUGUGAAAGAUUGUAAGCAAUCAUCUGUGAAAAAAAUCGUAUCGUCACUAUUGUGGUGUAAACGGGGCUUCUUCGAUUUCAAAUCGUUACAUAAACUGCACUAAGUUAACUAAGUGACUGGCAGACGGCGCUUGACCGCCGGCUGAGUUUGUUGUGUUUGUGUAAAAAGUAUUAUUAUUUAUUUAUCUAAUUUUACGAACAAAAAUAGUGUAACAUAAAGUUAAUAAGUCUAUAAAGUUUAACCUGUAACAGCGAUGGGCUGGAGUGUGCUACUAUCGGUGUUGUACGCGGUCCAGUUAGUCACCAGCCAGGAGUACUUGCUCCCUGGUGACAUUCGUCCUACUCAUUAUGACGUUAAAGUGGUGUAUGAUAUAGAUCCGACGACUAAUUUUAGUUUCUAUGGACUUGUUGAUAUAGCGAUAACUGCUGUGAAAUCCACUUCCAAAAUAGUACUACACGCUCAAGACUUAGUUAUAUCAAAUGGCGGCAUCAGAAUCAUUGGUCAGACUGAUGAGCUGCGAGUUACGGCGAGCAAGUUAAAUGACACAUACAACUUGUUCACAAUAGAGUUGGAUAGAGAACUACGAAGAAAUCAGAGUUACCUCUUGACCAUACCCUUCAGUGGUAAUUUGAAGCCUGGUUUGAAUGGUGUAUACAUAAGUUCCUAUGUUAGUAAGGAGACUAAAAUAAAAGAGUACCUCAUCGCGACCCAGUUCGAAGCCAUAUACGCCCGAAAAGGGUUCCCCUGUUUCGACGAGCCCAUGUAUAAGGCGACAUAUACUAUCACUAUCGGUCAUCACCGGGACUUCACGGCUGUCUCCAAUAUGCCUUUGGUUACUAGCAGUAAUGAAAAUGAACUAGAAUCAUACUGGAGGUGGGAGCAAAUUAGCAAGACAUUCAGCAAAUCGAAAUCCCUCUUCGUCUGGGAUAGCUUCGAGAAGUCAGUGCCAAUGUCCACGUACCUUGUAGCGUUUGUUGUCUCCAAGUUUUCUUACGUGGACAGUCCACCGAUGCUGUCUACCACGAAAUUCAGGAUCUGGGCGAGAAGUGAUGCUAUAAAUCAGGCGGCAUAUGCAGCUGAAGUGGGACCAAAGGUGUUGACAUAUUUCGAAAAAUGGUUCAAUGUUUCAUUCCCGCUCCCGAAGCAAGACAUGGUCGCCAUUCCUGAUUUCUCCGCGGGAGCUAUGGAGAACUGGGGUCUUAUCACUUACAGAGAGACAGCUCUGUUGUAUGAUAAGACGCAGUCCUCGUUCUUAAACAAAGAGAGAGUCGCUGAGGUUAUUGCACAUGAGUUAGCUCACCAGUGGUUUGGAAAUCUAGUCACUAUGAAAUGGUGGUCUGAUUUAUGGCUAAAUGAAGGUUUCGCAACUUUUAUGGCAUCCUUGGGUGUAGCUGAAGUGGAACCGACCUGGAGAGCUGAUAGAAACUAUGCCGUAGACAAUAUUCUAUCUGUGCUCACCUUGGAUUCUUUGGAAUCUUCUCAUCCUGUCUCGGUACCAAUUGAUGACCCUAAACGUAUAUCAGAGGUCUUUGAUGAGAUCUCGUAUCGCAAAGGAUCAACUCUGAUCCGUAUGAUGACUAUGUUCUUGGGUGAAGAAAUCUUUAAGAAAGCUCUUCACAAUUAUUUAGUUAAGUACUCGUAUCAAAAUGCAGAGCAAGAUGACCUCUGGCGUGAGCUGACUGCUGUAAGUCAAGAAUACGGCGGACUAGCCCGCAAUGUGUCCGUUAAGGAGGUGAUGGAUACGUGGACUACACAAACCGGAUAUCCUUUGCUGACAGUCUCCAGGGAUUAUAGCCAGAAUUCCCUCACUGUCACUCAGAAACGCUAUCUAGCUCUAAAUUCUCGAUCACCAACAACAUCGUCGUGGUGGGUGCCGCUCCGUGUACUAUGCGCAAGCGACGCGCAAGAUUCCAACGAGCCGAUAGAAUGGCUCGCCGCCAACGAGGGGGUUACAACCGAGCACAGGUUCGAGCAUGGCGCCGAUCCCGACGAAUGGGUACUGUUCAAUGCUGACAUGAUAGCUCCUUACCGAGUGAACUACGAUAAGGGAAAUUGGGAGCUCCUUAUCGCGGCGCUGAACAGCAAGCAUACAUCCGUCCCAGUAUUGGCUAGAGUGCAACUUCUGUCUGAUGCGUUUGCGCUUGCCUGGACCAACCAGCUGGAUUACAACAUUGCAUUGCAAUUGGCAAACUACCUUAAGCGGGAAUCUGAGUAUCUUCCCCUUUCGACCGGAUUAAAAGCCCUCGCUAAGAUUGAAAACGUCAUAAAACGCACACCGGAUUACGGCGCCUUCCAGAAGUUUGUGAGGAAAUUGAUCGGCGAGACCUAUUUUAAAGCCGGGGGCUUGGCUACUAAGAAAAUAAUCAAUGGAGAUGAUUUAAAUAGUGUCAAAUUACAGACGGCAACGAGCGCUUGGGCCUGUCGUAUGAAGGUUCCUGGUUGUGAAGAAAAUGCAAUAGAACUUUUCCGUAGCUGGAUGGAGACUGAUAACCCUGAUGAGAACAACCCUAUCCCGUUGGACCUGCGGCGCACGGUGUACUGCGUGGCGGUGUCCCGCGGCAGCGUGCUUCAGUGGCGGUUCGUGCUCGCGCGCAAGCAGCGCGCCAACGUGGCGGCCGCGCGCGAUGCGCUGCUGCACGCGCUCACCUGCACGCGCGAGGUGUGGAUCCUCACACAAUAUUUAGAGUGGGCUAUAACGGACGAGACGGAGGUGCGUCGUCAGGACGCGGCGGCAGUCAUCGUUUCAGUUACACACUCUACAGUCGGAUACUAUGUGGCUAGAGAGUUUAUAUACAAUCGUAUACAGGACAUUUACAAUGCAUUCAACAGCGAGGGACGUCGCUUAGGUGGCAUCAUCAAAGCGCUGUUAGAACAAUUUACAACCCAGAGGGAACUUGACGAGUUCUUGAAAUGGCGUGAGAAUAACAGCAAAUACCUAGAGGAUGCCAAACUGUCUGUGAACCAAGCGAUAGAGAAGGCGACAGUAAACAUUGCGUGGCUGAACAAGAAUAGAAGAUCUGUCGUUGAAAGACUACGGGAGUUAUCUAAGUAAUAAAAUUAAUAAUCUGGUAUCUGAAGGUACAGGGAACUAAAUGGACCUAAUCAUGACAAGGAAUUGUGCGUUAUAAAAUCCAUACUAAUAACGUGAUAAUAAAACGUAUUUUUAUGUGUUAGAGCAGUUAUUGUUUUUAGAUAUCAAAGAAAAUUAUAUCUGUUCUGUGUGUUUCACCUGGAUAUGUACAUAUUAUAAGUUACCUGGAUUAUUAACGCAUGCAACCGCAUUACUUUGUUAUUUCUCAUCAAAUAGACAGAACGUAAUUUUGCCUAAGCCCUUAAUUAGCAUUUUUAUGCUUAGGACAUUAUAUAUGUAUAUAUUUUUUACUAUUAAAAUAGCUGAAAAUUAAUUUAAGUAAAAAAAUAUACUAAAAUGAUGCCUUAUUUAUUAUGCAGGUUUUCUUUUCAGAUAACGUCCAUUUAGAUCUCGUAGUUACUUUGUAAUUUGCUUUUUGUUGUAUUAUUAAUAGCUGAAUUUUCCAUAGUAAAAGUAGAUAGUGCUUAAGUCAUAUUGCAAUAUCGAAUUUUGGUUUUCAAACUAACAAAUGAACUAAAUUGUCACGAUUAAAAUGUCUGCUUUUGUAGUAUUUUAACUACAUAGAAAAUAAAAAAUACGUUCAAAAUUAAAUUGUGUUUUGGCAAAUUAUUUUAUUAACCGACACGUUGACGCGAGUGUUUUUGUAACAAACAAAGAUAUCUUAACCAUUUGCUUAAUUUUAAAAUUUUACAUAUUUAUACUUACUUCAAAAAGAGUAGGUACUAGAAAUAUUCUCUUUAAUGCAGUAAGAAGAAGUAUUUUUAGUCCUUUAGUAUUUAUAAUUAUUUAGUUAAGUAGUAAGUAUAGUUUCAUAGAAUAUAAAUAAAAUUUGGCACAUGUUUUGCAAAAAUACACAAAUAUAUAGCUUUAUGCAUUUAUCAAUGAAAAGACAACAGGUUUGUCAAUUAUAAUAAAAGUAGAUAAAAUGUAAAUAAUUGUUUUUCUGACAACUUUGUAUUUUAGGCUUAUUAACAGGUAAGUAUAUUUUACUGCAAAUAAAUAUGCAACACAAAUAUAAUUGUUUAUAGCUUCAUUAAAAUAUCAAUUUAAUAAUUUGUCUAUAAAUUGUUUAGAUACCUUACAAAUCCACUACAAUUUAUAAAAAAUCAUAUUAUAAAUAUAUAACAGGGAAACAUAUAGACUUCUACUCAAUUAAAAUGUCAAAAUAUAUUUAAAAAGUUUAUUAUUUUAACCUUUAAUAUACAUAUAUAUGAUUAUGAUCUCUUAAUAUUUUUUAUUUGUUUUAAAUAUAUUAUAUAGCACAGGCGCAGAUAUUACUAUUGUACAUAACGUGAACUUUAAAUAUCUUAUGAGGAAAGACUCGUAUCUGGAACUUUAAUGUGUUUUGGGUAUGAAUUUCAGUUUAUAUGUUCACAUAAUAAACAAGAGCCAAGUUUUCGUUUUUGCCCACAAAUAUGAGUAAUUGAAUGUGGAAAACAUUCGGUAUAUUAUAUAUGGUAUUAGAUUGUUAGAUGUUUAAACCUAAUAAUAAGCCUAAAAUAAUUUAUAUUUACCCUGUGACUAUUAAGUAAUGUUUGUAUUGUAAAAUUCAUGUGGACCACUCUUGUAGGUAAAUAUUGUAAUUAGUUUAAAAAUAUUGACUUUUAAAAUUGACAUGUACUUAGAAAAUAAUGAAUACGUAGCUAGUAAUCACUAUUCUGUAUUUAAUAGCACACAACUUUAAAUAACUUCAGUAAUAGCUAAAUAAUAUGUUGAUCGCAAAUGUAGAGUAUUAGUCAUCUAAUCACAUCAACUAAUUCGUAUAAAUUUAAUAUGGCAGCUUCUUAAUUCAAUCUUUAAUAAAUAUACUAUAGUAGUA